CCGGAUGGCACUGACAACAUAGAAGUCGGUGGCUUCCAACCACACAAUGUCAUGGCAGGGGAACACGUGUUAUUUCUGGCAUCGUUCCACAACAACGACGUUACUCUCUCCCAAUUUCAAGUUAUGGUUAUGCUUCUACAAAGCUUUAUCGAGAGUCUCACAAUUGUGCUUCCAUUUUAUCCUGUCGGUACGAUGGAACGAGUGAGUAAAGAAGGCCAGGUUGCCACGGCUAAUACGUAUGCGCAGAUGUUCUCAAAUCUGCCAUCAUGUGGUCGUCCAACUCGACUUCUCAUCUACGACUUACACACGCUCCAAAACCGCUUCUACCUUCACGGUAAUUCUAUCGCUA